AUGUCCACUUCUCUCAUCCGGACAAUCAAGAACAUUUACAGUUCGGGACUCAGACGUGCUGCUUGGCAGAUACAGACUCACAACGAUACCAAAAGAGGAUGGCUUGUAGGCGAAGAUGACUAUGGAAACAAAUAUUAUGAAACCGACGCUCCAGAAGAAAUUCAUAUGAGAACCAGAUGGGUAGAAUAUGCUGACUGGGGAAUUGACAUGUCUAAAGUUGAGCCUGGAUGGCAUUACUGGUUGGGUUAUGGAACCAACACUCCUCCCAACAAGUUACAAGGAAAAGAGAAGACUGUUCAACCUUUUCCAAUGGGACCUCACAAGAUGAAUUUGACUGGAAGUGAAGGGGCUUAUGUGCCAUAUAACACUGCCAAGCCCAAGAUCAACGCUUGGAAUCCUGAAGUUAAGGAGCGGGUGAAGGCUUGA